AUGCGAAGUAUAUUUGAGAAUGGGCAUGCCGAAAAAGCACCACCAACUACAGACAAAAGAGAAUGUUGGUAUCUACCAAUAUUUGGGAUUUAUCAUCCUCAAAAGCCAAAUCAGCUGCGUGUCGUAUUCGAUUCCUCGGCAAAGUAUGGAGGUGUAUCAUUGAAUGACAUACUUCUUACUGGUCCGGAUCUCACCAACAGUCUAUCAGGAAUUCUACUUCGAUUCCGGGGCGAACCCGUAGCAAUCAUGGGAGACAUUCAACAGAUGUUCUACUGUUUCAAAGUAGAUGAAAAUAAUAGAGAUUUCCUUCGUUUCCUGUGGUAUGAAGACAACGAUUUCAAUAAAUCAUUAACAGACUAUCACAUGUGCGUACAUGUCUUUGGAAAUAGCCCUUCACCAGCAAUUGCUACUUACGGUCUCCGUAAGACCGCUGAAAUGAGCAAAGAAAAUUACGGUGACGAUGUCUACAAUUUCAUUUGCAGAGAUUUUUAUGUAGAUGAUGGAAUAACUUCAUUACCAACACCAGGGGUGGCAAUAGAUCUAAUGAAGAGGACGCAAUCUGCACUACAAACGAUAGGGAAUCUCCGCCUUCACAAAAUUGCAUCAAAUAGUGAAGAAGUAAUGAAAGCAUUUCAGCCAUUUGAUCUAACCAAGGACUUGAAAGACCUUGAUCUCUCUAGCGAUACGCUUCCUGUACAGAGAAGUCUUGGACUCAACUGGGACAUUGAGACAGAUAGUUUUAUGUUCAAACUCGCCAAGGAUAUCAAGCCUUACACCAGAAGAGGAAUAUUAUCAACAAUUAACAGUGUUUAUGAUCCUUUGGGUUUCCUUGCGCCAGUCCUUAUUCAAGGCAAGCUUAUACAAAGAGAGCUAACGACUGGAAACGUUGAUUGGAACGAAACCUUGCCCCAAUCAAAAUAUGAAGAAUGGGAAACAUGGAAAACCUCAUUACAUCACUUGGAAAAGGUUACGAUCCAAAGAAUGUGCCUUUCAAGGUCAUUCAGUGACACGGUAGAUAAGAAACUCCAUAUCUUUUCAGACGCACCAGAAAAGGCUAUCGCUGCAGUUGCAUAUUUUACUUCAGUCAGGCAUUCAAGCAUUGGAUUUGUCCUUGGAAAGGCCAAGGUCGCACCUACCCAUGGACACAGCAUUCCAAGAUUAGAGCCAUGUGCAGCUGUGCUAGCCACAGAAAUUGGCCAAACAAUAUCGGAUAAUCUCGAUAUUCCAUUUAACAGCAUACAGUACCACACAGACAGUAUGGUGGUUCUUGGAUACAUUUCCAACGAGAAACGUAGGUUCUACACCUACGUUAGUAACAGAGUAGCAAAAAUCCGUCAGUUAUCACAACCAGAACAAUGGACCUAUGUACCCACUGACAAAAAUCCAACAGACUUAGCUACCAGAGCUAUUCCAGCAGCAGAUUUACAACAAAGUUCCUGGCUGUUGGGUCCUAAACAACUACUAGGGAAGGAAUCAAUCUUGGAGAGCUUCGAGCUUCAGAAUCCAGAGGAAGAUAAGGAAAAUCGACCUGAAAUAGUUUGCGCUAAGUCCAUAGCCUCAAAGGAAUCUUUGCUCGGAACACAUCGUUUUGAAAGUUUUUCUUUUUGGAAAAGACUUGUAAAUGCUAUUACAUACAUAAAACGAAUCCUAGGGGCCAGGGCAAAUCUUCCGAAGAUCGAUUACCUACAAAUAGAAAAAGAGGCAGAAAAUUCGAUUAUCAAAGAAGCGCAAAAAGAUAUGUCCCUGAAGAACUCUCAUGCAUCAGUUUAA